AUGGAGCCCAUCAACACUCAAAUCCACCUCUACACCCUCCUAUACGCUCGUUACUUUCACGCGUAUCCGGAGUUGCGCAGGAAUAAGUUCUCAGAGUUGGUCUCCUGGAUGAGCGAUGACGAUUCGCUGGAUGUCGACAUUACCGUUAGCAAUUCGAGAUCCGUUUCCUCGGCCCUUCCACCCUCCCCACCACCAACUUCCCGGCCGACCAGCUGGCUUGGUCGUCUACAGUCCAGACUCGCCUUCUGUGCCCUAUGCGUCUUUUUGCUGGUGUUCGUUGUGACGGUGUUGGUCUUGCUCUCUUCUGCUCAACGGGCCGUUUCUGGAUCU